GGUGGGAUCUAAGAAUAUGUGGUUUGGUUAAAAGGCACCAAGCUGUGUUUGUGCAGUUGUAGCUUGCAAGGGAACUGGGUAAGCAAACUGUCCAACAAUUUGCUCAGGCUAUUGAUUUUCUAAACCAAGAAAGCAGAGAGCAGAAGAGACUGCAAAACUGAGGAAGAAGCACAAUGAGUACCGCAGGCAAAGUCAUUAAGUGCAAGGCAGCCGUUGCUUGGGAGGUUAAGAAACCUCUGAGCAUUGAGCAAGUGGAAGUAGCUCCUCCGAAGGCUCAUGAAGUCCGCAUUAAGAUUCUGGCCACAGGGAUCUGUCGCUCAGAUGACCACGUGAUCAGCGGUGCCUUUGCUAUGCCUUUUCCGAUAAUUCUGGGCCAUGAAGCAGCUGGUGUUGUAGAGAGUGUUGGAGAGGGAGUGACUUGUGUGAAACCAGGAGACAAAGUAAUUCCCCUCUUUGUUCCACAAUGUGGAAAAUGCACUUCUUGCCAAAGUACCAGAGGGAACCUCUGUUCUGAAAAUGACCUCAGUGAGGCUCGCGGAUUAAUGCUGGAUGGCACCAGCAGGUUCACCUGCAAAGGGAAAAAACUUCAUAAUUUCAUCAGCACCAGUACCUUCACGGAAUACACUGUGGUACACGAAAAUGCAGUGGUGAAAAUUGAUGAUGCUGCUCCUUUGGAAAAAGUGUGUCUGAUUGGCUGUGGGUUUUCCACCGGUUAUGGGGCAGCAGUUCAAACAGCCAAGGUGGAGCCUGGUUCAACCUGUGCUGUUUUUGGUCUGGGAGGAGUUGGUCUCUCAGCUGUCAUGGGCUGCAAAGCAGCUGGAGCAUCCCGAAUCAUUGGGGUCGACAUCAACAAGGAUAAAUUUCCCAAGGCUAAAGAGAUGGGAGCCACAGAGUGCGUCAACCCUUUGGAUUUCAAGAAGCCCAUCAAUGAAGUGCUGUUUGACUUGACUGAUGGUGAAGGUGUAGACUACUCAUUUGAAGUGAUUGGGCGUGUUGACACCAUGUCGGCUGCCCUGGCAUCGUGCCACAGCAACUAUGGGACCAGUGUAAUUGUGGGAGUGCCUCCUUCCACCUCUACAAUUGCUGUUGACCCGAUGUUGCUAUUCACAGGCCGUACCUGGAAAGGAUCUGUUUUUGGAGGGUGGAAGAGCAAAGACUCUGUCCCCAGACUGGUUUCUGAUUUCCUGGGGAAGAAAUUCAUCUUGGAUCCAUUAAUAACCCAUACACUACCUUUUGAAAAAAUCAAUGAAGGAUUUGAAUUGCUCCGAGCAGGAAAGAGCAUCCGCACUGUCUUGACAUUUUAAUAUCUUGGGGUGAGAAGAAGGAAGACAGAGUGAUCAAUAGAGGAAGCUACUUCUCCCAAUGCCUAUAAUCAAUAUGAGUGCUAAGUUUGUGAUUUCGUUUUCUUCUCUUCUGUCCUCAUGUUUGCUUAAUGGACCAAAUCUGAAGAGGUUUGCUUUAAAAACUAUUAUCUUUAACUAAGGAGUUUAAAACAUGUACAUGCUUGUGAGCUUGGCUGACCAGGUGAUGGCCAAAGGUUAUCUAACACCAUCUUUUGGUAAGGUAUUUUCUGCACAGUAGCCUCUCUGUGCUUCCAAAUAAACAAUGAAAACUACUGCAAAGUCAGUUCUCAAGUGUUAAGGAGCUUGACAUAAUUUUGAGUUUCUUAUUGUUUCCCAUAAAAAAACAUAAUUAUGACUUCCAUUUCCAGCCAGAGAAUGGCAUGUUAUAUUGGACUAACUUAUAUUAAAAAUACAUCGUUUUAUCCAUUUGGCAUUUGAGUAAGAUUUCAUGUAAACUCUCUUUCUGAUCUAGAAAUGGCUUAUGGGUGAAGAACUCAGAUGCAUGUGUAUAAAUUCUCCAUGUACAAAAGCUUUCCUUUGAGCACUAUUUGUGCAUGCAAAUGGAUGCAUGUGCAAUUUAGUUCUCCAUUGAUAAUAUGCAUUCUACAUGAAUGGGACCUCACCAGCCAUUCACAGAAGAGCUCAAUGUAUGCAUCUGAGUACUCCGAAUGGCCAUCUGGAUCAGAGCAAUUGUUGCAUCUAUUUCUAUAAAGCACCUUUCAUCACUCGGGACUGUAUACAAAGUGCCUUAAUUUAGCAGUAUCUACAUUAUAGGGACGCGGGUGGCACUGUGGUUAAACCACAGAGCCUAGAGCUUGCCAAUCAGAAGGUCGGCGGUUUGAAUCCCUGCAACGGGGUGAGCUCCCGUUGCUCGGUCUCUGCUCCUGCCAACCUAGCAGUUUGAAAGCACGCAGUGCAAGUAGAUAAAUAGGUACCGCUCCAGCGGAAAGGUAAACGCCGUUUCCGUGCGCUGCUCCAGUUCGCCAGAAGUGGCUUAGUCAUGCUGGCCACAUGACCCGGAAGCUGUACGCCGGCUCCCUCGGCCAGUAAAGCGAGAUGAGCGCCUCAACCCCAGAGUCAUCUGCGACUGGACCUAACAGUCAGGGGUUCCUUUACCCUUACCUUAAAUUAAUUAUACAAAUUGUUUGAAGGUCACAGUAAAGUCUAGCUAAGGUUUUUUAAUUGCCAGUAAAAAAAGUGCUACUAUAAAUCAUACUACAAUAGAUUAUACUAUAUUAUACUAUAUUUCUGUUUCCAAAGGCAAAGUCUAUGAAAAAAAGAUGUGGCCUAAUAGCAGGUUAUUAUUUCUGAAACCUUUGUUGCUAUCAGCCGUAAGCACUUCGCUUCCACUGUAUUGAAACGGGGCCUCCUUAUGCAUUGGCUUAGCUGCCAAGAACUUAUGGAAUGUUUAUGAAAAUGCCGGGUGGCCAUGUCCCCAGUCUCCCCUGCCAUCUGUAUGUUGACCCUAAGUUUGCCAAGAGAUGAGUUAAGAUUGUAGUGACAGUUUGUAUUAGAACCCAUGCAAACUUAGCGUGUAGCCUGAUUUUACCUUAUUGUUUUCGUAUCUACCAUUGUCUCUGCUCUUUGAUGUGUCUUUUUUUUUUCCUUGGCGUGUAUAUGUAAUCAAUAAAAACAACUUUCCUGUAUUCAA